CAUGUCACAGAAUUCAGUCAGUCGGACAGAUUACAUAUUUGUAUACGUUUCGCUAGCGUAAAUCGUCUGUCGCCUACGCUCAUUGAACAAUUCGGGUCAUAUUUUUUAAAUACUAUUUUAUAUAAUACGGAAAAAGUGUAAUAAACGGUGUAUUAAAAUUAGACUUUGUUCCUCUGAAACGUUUGUUUCAUCACACCUACAUAGAUACUAGAUUGGUUUUUAUUGGAACAACUGGCAUUUUAAUAUUCCGGUUUCAUGUAAUUGUAAUAAUUAAAUAGCGGCGUAUGGUUUACCUUUCACAAUAUACCUACAUACAAUGUUGGUGUGAAACGAAGAACUUUGAAGCCACAAAUUUCAUAUGUCGUCCUUUAGAGGAAGAGGUAAAAGCAUGGGCAAAAUAAAUAAUUCUUUCCUAUGGGGAAUAAUUUUUGCUUCAGCGACAUGGAGUAUAUCCUUAUAUCUUUAUUGGCUGUUGAAUAUGAGUGGGGACAGUAUUCCAAAUGCAGAAAGUAAGAUGCAUUACCGUUUAGUGAAUAUGGAUGAAAAGGAUCGGAUGAAGAAUAAUGAUAAAUCUAUUGCAGCGUUGGAAGGCAAAAAUUUGUUAUUUGACAGCCCCCAAUCUGUCAAUGAUAAUUUUGCGGGCAAUAAUUGGAAGUAUCACAAAAUCAGAUCUGACUAUCAGAGAAAAAUGAUGUUGAAAGAAAAAUUUGCCAAACAACUCGGUAUGAAGCUUUCUGCCAAGCCUGAUAAGAGUUUAGAUAACCAAUUUGGAUUAAUUCGUAAUGCUGAAGAUGUAAGGAUUCGAGAUAAAGGAUACAGCAUGCAUGCAUUCAACACUUUAAUUUCUCAAAGAAUUGGAAAUUAUAGAGGCUUACCUGACACUAGGAACAAAUUAUGUCGCGUCCGCAAGUAUUCAGAGAAACUUCCAAAAGCUUCUAUAAUAAUAUGUUUUUACAAUGAGCACUUUGAAACUCUUAUGCGUUCCAUACAUUCUAUUUUGGACAGAACAGAUCAGAGGCAUAUGAAAGAAAUAAUAUUGGUUGAUGACUAUAGUGACAUAGAUGGACUUCAUGAUAAGGUGCAAAAGGCUGUGAACCAGUUAAACAGUAAAUUUCGUAAAGAAGAAGAAAUGUUGGAAACUAAUAAUAUCGACACUGACAAUAUUGUUGAUUAUAUUAAUGAUGACAAUAAUUUAGAUAAGAAAACUACAGAGAAGAAUUAUGCAAAGUUGUCUAAAAAUGGUUUGAACAUACGUCUCUUGAGGACCAGCAAAAGAGAAGGUCUCAUUCGGGCACGGUUGUAUGGAGCUGACAAUAGUGUGGGUGAGGUACUUAUAUUCCUCGACUCACACAUAGAGGUGAAUGUUGAGUGGUUGCCUCCGCUGCUGUCCCGUCUUGUUGAAGGCGUGGACGGGGUCAACGUCCGGUACUCCCCCCGGGCGGCGGCUCCUGUCAUCGACGUCAUCAACGCAGACACCUUCGAGUACGCGGCCAGCCCACUGGUCCGAGGCGGCUUCAAUUGGGGUCUCCAUUUCAAAUGGGAUAACCUACCUAAAGGAACUUUAAAGACUGAUGAGGACUUCGUGAAACCUAUAAAGUCUCCGACGAUGGCUGGAGGGCUGUUUGCUAUUUAUCGCGAAUACUUCAACAGCAUUGGCAAAUAUGACGCCGGGAUGAACGUGUGGGGCGGCGAAAACUUGGAAAUAUCGUUUAGGAUAUGGAUGUGUGGUGGCACAUUGGAGUUGAUUCCUUGCAGUCGUGUUGGCCACGUUUUCAGGAAAAGGCGGCCUUAUGGUCUGGGCGAGAAAGAAGAUUAUAUGCUGCACAAUUCCAUGCGUAUGGCGAAAGUAUGGAUGGACGAUUAUGUUAAAAAGGUGAUAGAGCAGAAUCCGCAAGCAGCCCACGUGGAUACAGGCGACUUAUCAGAAAGACAGGCUCUGCGAAACAGUUUGAAAUGCAAGUCCUUUAAAUGGUACUUGGAAAACGUGUACCCAGAGCUUGAGAGGGGCGAAGACACGGCUGCGAAGAGGAGGAUGGCUGCACUCAACGACCCUGAGAAGAAUAAGUUCCAGCCGUGGCAUUCGCGUAAACGCAACUAUACGGAUUCGUACCAAAUCCGGCUGAAGAACACAUCAUUGUGCAUACAGAGCGCUAAAGACAUUAAGACCAAAGGCAGUGGGCUGGUUUUAGCGAACUGCAUCAGGACUUUGAACCAGAUUUGGUUCGAGACUGCACGUCACGAGCUAGUGUUGGGCCGCACAUUAUGUCUGGAUGCGUCGAACAAUGUGGCGCCAUCUCUCGGCAAGUGCCAUGAACUCGGGGGGUCGCAGGAGUGGAAGCAUAAAGGCUCUGCCGGUAGUCCCGUGUACAAUACUGCGGCAGGCAUGUGCCUGGGAGUAGAACGAGCUUACCGAGGGGAACCGUUGCUGAUGGUUAUAUGCGACAACCAAGCCACCAACCAGUGGGACUUCAUCAGAUCUUAACUCCGCUUUACGGUACCCCUGCUACGUUCUAUUACGCUUAUUAGCACCUAUACACUUUUGUUAUUAUAUUGCUGCCGCCUAUAUUGUACAGUCAUGAGCAAUAUAAUGUACCCACUUUAGGACUCUGUCGCACUAACAUAUUUGACAUUUAAUGAGACUUACAGUUCAAUUUGUCAAAAAAGUUAAUGUGACAUGGUACCAAAGUGUAUACAUAUUAAUGCUCGUGACCGUACAGCCAGUAUCCGGAAAACUUCAGCAAAACU